UCUUGCAACACUAGCUAGGUUCUAUUGCCUCCGCGCCGCCAUUGCCCUUGACCUAAGAGGAUCGUCGAUCGAUAAACACAAGCUAAUAGUAAUAAUCUUCUCGAUUGUUACCUGGGCUUGGAGGUCAUGGCAACAACCCUCUGUUGGGCAGUAUGGGCUGUUGCCUCGGCCAUGGUUGUAGCUUCCAUCCUGUGGGCGUACCGUUGGAGCCACCCCAAGGUGAACGGUCGGCUGCCUCCGGGCUCCCUCGGCCUCCCUCUCCUUGGCGAGACCAUGCAGUUCUUCGCUCCUAACCCUACUUGCGAUGUCUCCUCCUUUGUCAAAGACAGGAUGAACAGGUACGGUGCCAUCUUCAAGACAAGCGUCGUCGGGCGGCCGAUGGUGGUGUCGGCGGACCCGGACCUGAACCACUACGUGUUCCAGCAGGAGGGGAAGCUGUUCGAGAGCUGGUACCCGGUAACGUUCACCGAGAUCUUUGGCCGCGACAACGUCGGCUCCCUGCACGGCUUCAUGUACAAGUACCUCAAGACGCUCGUGCUCCGCCUCUACGGCCAGGAGAACCUCCGGGCGGUGCUCCUCGCCGAGACGCACACCGCCUGCCGUGCCACCCUCGCCUCCUGGGCCGGCCUGCCCAGCGUCGAGCUCAAGGAUGGCCUCUCCACCAUGAUCUUUGACAUCACCGCGAAGAAGCUGAUCGGUUACGAGCCGACAAAAUCGUCCGAGAACCUGAGGAAGAACUUUGUGGCCUUCAUCCGCGGGCUUAUCUCGUUCCCGGUGAACAUUCCCGGCACUGCAUAUCACGAGUGCAUGAAGGGGAGGAGGGAGGCCAUGAAGGUGCUCAAGAGGAUGAUGAGGGAGAGGAUGGCCGAUCCGUCGAGGCAGCGCGAGGACUUCCUCGACGUGAUGAUCGAGGAGCUGAGGAGGGAGAAGCCGGUGCUGACGGAGGCCGUCGCGCUCGACCUCAUGUUCGUGCUCCUCUUCGCAAGCUUCGAGACGACGGCCUUGGCACUCACGCUAGGCAUCAAGCUCCUGACCGAGAACCCAAGGGUGCUCGAGGCGUUAACGGAGGAACAUGAGGCGAUUGUUAGGGACAGGGAGGACCCGGAUGCCGGGCUCACAUGGGCCGAGUACAAAUCGAUGACCUUCACGUACCAGGUCACGUUGGAGAUUGUAAGGCUAGCCAACAUCGUGCCGGGAAUUUUUCGGAAGGCCUUGCAAGACAUUGAAUUCAAAGGCUACACCAUUCCAGCAGGGUGGGCAGUCAUGGUGUGUCCUCCAGCAGUGCACUUAAAUCCCGAGAUUUACGAAGAUCCAUUGGCGUUUAAUCCAUGGAGGUGGCAGAACAAGAUUGAAAUAACCGGUGGCACGAAGCAUUUCAUGGCCUUCGGUGGGGGUCUCCGGUUCUGUGUUGGUACCGACCUUAGCAAGGUGCUGAUGGCAACCUUCAUUCACAGCCUGGUGACAAAAUACAGAUGGAGGACAGUAAAAGGUGGGAACAUAGUCCGUACCCCGGGACUGAGCUUCCCAGAUGGCUUUCACAUUCAGCUCUUCCCUAAGCACUGACAUCAUUUGUCAACUCAAUCUGGCCACUUGCAGCUAAAUGCACGAUUCAAGAAAUAAUCAUAUAAAGGUUGCAUAUCUAGGUGAUGAAGUCUGUAUAUAUACCGAGGUCGUUUUAGGGCACCUCCUUGCUCGUGUAGAUCGUUAGUAGCUAGUCAUACGAAAGAAAUAUUUAGGCUUGAUAUCACAGCAUGAGGUAAUUGUUGAUUGCUUCCUAUGUAGUUAGUCUCCCACGCGGUCAUGUACCCCAUAUGAUGUGUGUACCUGUUAUGUCUACAUGCAUAUUGUAAAUUGAACAAAGCGAUUUUCCAUGUGUAUUUGUAUUUUGUACUCACUCUGAUUCUAAA